AUGAGCGGACCAAGCAACCUCAGUCCCAACACGGCCACCCCGGGGCAGGAGCUGUCACUAAAGCACACCAACGUCUCCAACCCAUCCAUCAUCCGCUCCCAGCCCUCGAAACAGUCCAUCACCGCCUCGGAAGACUACUACUCCCUCUCCUCCUCCCACUCCAGCAACGACACCGCCCGCAUUCUCGACGACCGCGGCUUCGCAACACACACCAUCAAUCGCUACAGCACACCUCCCUCGCGCUACCGAACACCUCUACAAUCGCGAGACCAGCUGCCCAGUCAAUCACAGAUCAAUCUCGCCCAAUCACAGAAUGCCGAAGAGGAGGUGAGGAAGACUCCAAUGCGAGGCGAAGGCAGGAGAAGACGCUCGGUCGACGACUCGUCCAACGUUGCUGUCGCAGGCGCGCCCUCGAGUACUACUGUGUUGAGAGAAGGCGGUGUGCGAAGAAAGCCUGUACCCAGCACAGUCAUGGAAGCCCCUUCACCCGCCAGCAGCGGCUUCAUCGAUCCAGCGGCGGCGAGAAGUAGCGCAGCGCACGACAUCGACCGCGAGCAGAGUGCCACGACACCGGGGCACGACGAUACUCCUUACAUUCGCUUCGCGUUGGACCAGCUGAGCAUUGACGAGCAGGCGGUGGGACCGAGGAGAUAUCCGGGCCGGCCUGCGUUUCCUGUUACAGGAGGUGUGGUCAUCGAGGGCGGGGAGCCUUUCCAAAGUCAUCGACAGCGGCAGCAAAAACCUGCGGUCGAGCCAGUGCCUCGGCCAGCGGCUCCUUCGAGGGCGUACCACCAGCCGGAGACCACGUACCCACGGCGAGAAGCCGAACACUCGGACAACCAUGGCGGGAUGGGCAAAGCGGCGGCCAUUGGAGCUGGUGUUCUAGCUCUUGGUGCAGCGACUGCAGCCGGCGUGGGCUACUCGCGGCAUCGCGAUACUCAGCAGCAAGCCCCUCCAAUCCAAGAAAUGCCCGACACAUCGCCAAGAUCACCCCAUCACCCCGGACACGUCCACAACCGCGAACCCAGCAGAACGCAAGAGCCCAGCCUCUACGUCCCCAUCGACGACGAGGAAGGCUUCUACGAACGCCUCAACUUCCUCCCAGGAAUCCUCCGCCCGCUUCGCCUAAUCUUCUUCAUGCUCCUGCUCCUCGUCCUCCUCGCCCUCCUCCUCGCCGCCGCAAUCUACAGCCUCACCCACAACGGCAUCGCCGCCUACGGUUCCUUCGGCGACGGCAAAUACUUCGUCUUCGAAUACCUGCCCACUCUGCUCGGAAUGCUCCUUUUGUUCUGGCUCAUCCAGAUCCAGGUCGCGCUCUACCGCAUCGCGCCAUUCAUCGCUAUGGCUUCACCGUCCUCGCCGCGCAGCUGGGAAGAAGGCGCGAAGCUGCCGAUUUACCCCAAGACGUGGUUUUUGCCGUAUACCGGCCACCUCCGCGUCCCGGGCCUGAUCAUCGUCGGCGUUUUUAUGAUUGUGGCCUGGCUGCAGAUUUUCACCAUCCCCCUCCUCGCCUCCGCAUUCAACGUCUACUUCUUCGGCGCCCCCGACACCGGCAACUGGCGCUGGCUCGCGACCGCUGCCCUGAUCUGGAUCGUCAUCGCCUUCUACCUCUUCCUCUUCGCCGCGACAAUCGCACUCUUCACCUUCCUCCGCCAGAAACGGACAGGCUUGAAAUGGGACCCGCGAAGCCUCGCCGACGCUAUCGUGCUCCUCGAGCGCAGCAACGCUCUCACCCUCACCUCUGAUGACGAGAUCCGCCACGAACCUGCGCGACUGAGCUACUGGCGCACCUCCCGCGGUUACACGAACGAAGUCUUCCAUACCUACGGCGUCGCGUCGCGUCCUGCACGAACUUACUCCGUGCGCAACGGGCGUUUGACGGAAAAGACACAUCUCCCAACAUCGCCGGAUCAGGAGCCGAGAUCGCGGUUUUCGGACUUUGAAGCCGAUCCCGAGCUUGGCCGGGAACAGCGGCAUUCGCGUGAGAAGAUGCUGCCACGCAGACUAUCGCAGAGCUCGCGCAGCUCCUCCACCUCCUCCGGCGGCAAGAACGACGGCAACGCUAUCCCCUGGUUCCUCCGCCCCUCCAUGGCACUCCUCUGGAUCAUCCUCGCCAUCGUCCUGGUCGUCGCGUUCCUGGUCAUCGCCUAUUUGCCCUCCACCUCCCUCGUCCAACCGGGCGGUUUCGACCCCAUGGUCCCCGCUAUAGUGAACACCUGGGGCUACUCGGGCACCAACUUCCUCUACUCCUUCGUCCCCGCCCUGCUGGCCACGAUCGCCUGGCUCGGGAUGCUGGAUAUCGAUUUCGCGUACCGGCGGCUACAGCCUUUGUCCGCCCUCCUCAAAGAAGGGGGCGAGGUGGGGGAGAAGAGUAUCCUCCUCUCUUAUGCGGCGGAUAUGCCGGUGCUCGUCACCAUUCGCGCAGCCAUCAAUGGGCAUUUCCGCGUCGCUGCCCUCUCGUUGGCCUCCCUGGUAUCGACCGUCCUCCCGGUUCUGGCUGGUGGGUGCUGGUGGGCACAAUUCGACACCACCCUCCAGACUGUCCGGAUCUACACCGAAACCGCGGGGUUCUACGCUCUGACGGUUUUCGUCGUCCUCUACGCCCUCGUCAUCGCCACCUGCACCUUCCCCGGGAAGAAGACGCGCGGUAUCGACGCCUCCCUCCCCCGCGGCUGUCGCGCAACACGCUGGCGCGACCUCGUCGCCCUGGUCGGCGGGAGCAGGGUCGUCGAUGGAGUGGAGUUCAGAGGCGUGGACUCGAAGACUGGAAUGGUGACACGGUUGGUGUCGGCCUACCCGAAUAAUGCUGGUGCGGAUGCUGGGGUGGGUAACGGGGUGCCGCGGUACACGCUGGGGGCGUAUGAGGGUCGCGACGGACGGGAGGGAUGGGGAGUUGAUCGGGUGAGGGGGUGA